AUGACAGGCCUGCAUGUAAUUGCUGAGAGCAUUGCUGCAGUAGUGAGUAUCAAGACUAUCACAUGCCCUCCUAAUAAUUUGACACCAUUGCUGGGUCGUCCUAUAUUAGCAGGGAAAUCCCCGGCUGUUAAGCUUCUCGCAUAUGUGUUCGGGCAGAAUAUGUCAGUCUUGCUAAUAUUCAAAUGCAACCCUCUUGCAGCACCUUCCCUGCGUAUUAUGUUGAGAGCCUUUGCUACCUCCAUUGUGUCGCCUAUGAUCGAUGAUACCAUCAUCAAGGUUGAGAGCAUAGCGGAAUUCAACCCAUUUGGAUAUUCUAGGACAUCUAGUUCUAACCUCUCUAAAAAUUUGUACUUGUUUGAGUGUUUGACCUCAGCUUCUUCUCAUGCCAUUGACAUUACAAGGGAGGCUAUACGGGAGGGAGAUGAUGAUGUGGUUGCUGUUGGAGGCGAUGGUACUCUUCAUAAGCAUCCUAAGCAGCUGUUAUAAACAUGUGUUUUGUAGGUUAUUCCACUAGGUACUGGAUCUGAUUUUGCCAGAAAAUUUGGCUGGAAAAAUGACCCACAUGAAGUCGUACAACAUAUAUCUAAAGGUUUAAGGACUAGAAUAGAUAUUGGGGAUGUUAGUGGUGAAAGUGGAGAACCUCAUUACUCUCUUAAUGUUGUUGAUGUUCACCUGAGUGAAAAGGCUGGAUAUUACGCAUCGAAGUACAAACAAUUUUGGAACCUUUGCUAUGUUACUGGUGCAUUGAGGAGCUUCAUGGGGCACAGUAAUCGGGACCUCAGGAUCAAGGCCAAUGGGGCCGACUGGGAAUUAAUUCCUCAAGUAACAACCCUCUGUGUAGGAAAUGCGAAGUUCUUUGGUGGAGGCAUGAGAGUGAAUUACAGUGACCCUCCUCGAGAAGAGAUACACCAAGCAAUUAAGCGUGGUAAUGCACACAACAUUGCCCUAUUUGAUUUAUUCAUUUCCACUUUAUUUUAA